AUGGGCAUCGGCACGUGGUCGUGGGGCAACCAAUUCGUGUGGGGAUACGACGAGAGCAUGGACCCGGAGUUGUCGUCUGUUUUCAACGCAGCCGUCGACGCGGGCGUCAAUCUCUUCGACACCGCCGAUUCUUACGGCACGGGCAACGGCCUCGACGGCAGGUCCGAGGUGCUCAUCGGUACGUUCCUGAGGCAGUGCCCCAGUGCAAAAGUGGACGGAGUAAACGUGGCGACCAAGUUCGCGGCGUAUCCGUGGAGGAUCACGAGGAAAUCAGUGGUGAACGCGGCUCGAGAGUCGUGCGAACGACUGGGGAAGGAAUCCGUCGAGCUCGGGCAGCUGCACUGGUCCACCGGGAACUACCAGCCCCUGCAGGAACGGGCGCUGUGGGGCGGGAUCGCGGACGCGUACGACCUCGGGCUCAUCAAAGCCGUCGGACUGUCCAACUACGGCCCGAAGCAGCUGAGGAAGAUUCACGCGUACAUGUCGGAACGGGGCGUGCCCAUCGCGACGCUCCAGGUGCAGUAUCACCUCCUGUCCAGGUUCCCCGAGCUCAACGGGACGCGGGAGACGUGCGACGAGCUGGGGAUACGCACGAUCGCGUACUCGCCGCUGGCGCUGGGGCUGUUGACGGGUAAGUACUCGACGGAAAACCCCCCGCCCGGGCUGAGGGGAUUCGCGUACAAAGACGUGCUGCCGCCGCUGCCGGGUCUGUUGGACUGCAUGAGGGCGAUUGGACGCGAGCGGGGGAAGACGUUGCCGCAGAUUGCCAUCAACUGGUGCCUGUGCAAGGACACCACGCCCAUCCCGGGGGCGAAGACGAUGCGACAGCUGGAAGAUAACCUGGGGGCGCUGGGGUGGAGGCUGAGCGAGGGCGAGGUGGCCGAGUUGGACGCGGCGGCGGAGAAGGUGGGCAAGUCGACGAGCCAAAACAUUUUCCAAACUGCGUGA